ACUCACAAAAUUAAGUCUUCUGGUCUUUCUUGUUUGUGUUAUAACAGGAAAAAAACAGCAAACUGGAACACAACAAAACUCCAGAACGAAAGGCCACUCUGUUCAGAAAGAACUGGAAACCUAUGGCACAGGUAGUAUGGAGGAGCGGUGGUCUCUGGAAAUUCAGGACAAAGGCCGAGUUACCUGUCCAACGUGCCGGGCCGUGGUGAGGAAGACUGUAGAAGGACUGAAGAAACAUAUGGUAAAUUGCAGGCAGGAAAUGUUCACAUGUCAUCACUGUGGGAAGCAGCUGAAGUCCUUGGGAGGGAUGAAAUACCAUGUCAUGGCAGACCAUAACAAUCAGCCAGUGGUGAAGGAGGGAGGAGAACUGGAUGAGCAGCUUGAGCGAGACCGCCUUCGGAAGGUUUUGAAGCGUAUGGGAAAGCUUAAGUGUACAAGGGAGGGCUGCACAGGCAGCUUCACUAGCAUAAUGGGAUACCUGUAUCAUGUUAAAAAAUGUGGGAAGGCUGCUUCUGAGCUGGAGAAAAUGGCAAUGAAGUGUCAUCACUGUGGGAAAGCAUACAGAUCAAAGGCAGGACUUGUCUAUCACCUCCGAUCAAAGCAUGGGCCGGUCACUUUCAUCCAGGAGGAGAGGAGAACAGAGAGCCUAAAGGAAAUAAAACGGGAGCCAAACAACGCAGGCAGAGUUCAGAGGAGAUCUGCAAAGGUGGCAAUCUACUAUCUCCAUGAGCUGGCUGGAGAAGAGCUGGCCAAAGAGUGGCCCAAGAGAAAAAUUCUGCAGGACUUGAUUCCGGAUGACCGGAAGCUGAAAUAUACUCGUCCUGGACUGCCAACAUUUAGUCAAGAUGUGCUGUGCAAAUGGAAAACAGAGAUAAAGAUGUACCGAAGAGUUCACUGUCCAAAUCAGGGUUGUGAAUCUGUAUACGGCAGUGUCUCAGGACUGAAAUCUCACCUUGGCACAUGUACCUUGGGAGACUUUGUGGCUGGUAAAUACAAGUGUCUCUUGUGUGAGAAGGAGUUCAUCUCAGAGAGUGGAGUCAAGUAUCACAUCAACUCUGUGCACGCUGAGGACUGGUUUGACGUAAACACAACUACAACCAAAAGCUUUGAGAAGCUAAUGAAAAUCCGCCAAAGAGAAGAGCAGAGAAAGCAACGAAAGAAACGUCCUUUGACCCGGGGCAAAAAGAAGAGAACUGGGACCCUGGCUGCCAAAAAGCUGCCUGCUGCUGGAGUUGAAAAAAUGAGGAGGAGUAAGCGGGGUCGUCCACAGCGGGUGGACAACGAGAGCGUGAGUAGCGAGGAGGGGGAACCCCAAGGUGCACAGAGAGCUGAAUUUCCAAAACCCAGCCGCAAGCGAGGCAGGAAGUAAAUCCGUGGAGGAGGAGAAGGAGUAAUCCUAAAGCUUUCCAGUCACAAGCCCCACUUCUGUCAGGCUUAUAACCCACAACACUAAUAA